AUGCGCCAUUGGAGGCAUGCACUCGAGCAAAUUUACGAACACCGAGCUACCAAGUCCGUUCCAGGCUACGGGCCUCAAACGGAUACUGAAAAGGCAUUAGUGGAAGCAUUAAACCAAUUGGAGCUGCAAUGCAAAGAAAGGAUUGAUCUCCUAGAAGCUCUACGUGUUUCUCGUCAAGAAGGCUUGCCUCUGCCACCAGCCACUGGUACUUCCAAGGCUUCGACAUCCUGCGAAGACAGAAAUAUGAACCGUCCAAAAGGCUCCAUUGGACAAGGCACCAUUCCUGCCGUAACAUACUCGGAACUAUCUCGACCCACACUUCCUAGCCGACCGUCCUUACCUCCUCGAACAUCGUCGGAACAAGCGACUACUUCAAUGUCAAAUGGAGGCAACCAGAAUGUGGAAGCAAAUUUCCGCCUUGGCGCGAAUUCAAGGUCAUUGUCACCAAGUCUCCCCGGUAGGACGGAUAAAACGUCGCGUUCCAGUAGCCCAGAGAAACAUACUAUGAGAACAACCCUCCGUUCUGGUAGGACGAAUGACAAACCCAGCAAACCGGUUCGACAUUCGCCAAAACCCGCAGCAGAGGGACCAAGUAAAGCAGCGACAUUGGCAUGGAGUGCCCUCGGAUCGCGAGAACGACCCUACAAAAUACCCGCUUCUGAUGGCCCUUCAUCGACCCCUCGUUUAACUGCUCGGGCCGCUUCAGAUCAGACAAAGCCUGUAUCAUCAUCACCUUUGCAAUGGGACAGUCAUUCCAGACGACUGGUGACACAGCGAGAUGCGGAAAGUUGUCCCAACGGAUUGCUAUCCAUUGGUGCAUCUAGACAUUCUGAGGAGUAUCCACGGUCUAAGUCCUCCCUGCUAUCCGUUUCCGCCGCCUCCAGCGCUCUGAACGCCUCAUCAUGUCAAGAGACACCCUUUUCAGAUUCAACAGUGAACAAAUCAGAACGUAUUUCGCCCGCACGUACGGUUGCAACCAUGGGUCAAUUCGCAAGAAUCUCGAGGAGCGAGCAGGCUCCCAACCCACCUCCCGCUGAUGACCCAGAAGAGACCGCAGAGAAAAGGAACUUCUCCGACAGUGCAAUAAGACGCAAAGAAGUGGUCAAGAGACGAGUUCAGCCGUCUUACCCAACGUCCAGAAACAGUGUCCUGAGUCGUGGGAACGUAUCUCGUCAAGAUAAGCGACAAGCAAAGGACGACGGCUCAAGCGAUUCCGAUAGCCCUACAACCGAAUCGCUCUCCAAGCCUGGAAGGACCAAGCGAAAAGGCCCCCUGGUAAUUCAUAGUGCACAGUCACGAUCAUCUGAGGAUAUCGAUUCGGACGAUGACUCCACGGCGAAGGCAUGGGAAAAGAAGAAGACCGCCAUUCUUAAGCAUCUGCCAUCUGGUAUUGAUGAAGGAGCGGCGAAGCAAAUUCUUAGCGAUAUUGUCGUGCAAGGAGACGAGGUACAUUGGGAAGAUAUUGCUGGGCUAGAAAUUGCAAAAAAUGCUCUUAGAGAAACAGUUGUCUACCCGUUUCUUCGACCAGAUUUGUUUAUGGGACUACGCGAGCCGGCCAGGGGUAUGCUUUUAUUUGGACCUCCGGGGACAGGAAAGACUAUGCUAGCACGAGCCGUGGCCACCGAGUCGAAAUCCACAUUUUUUUCUAUCUCCGCCAGCAGCUUGACAAGCAAAUACCUCGGAGAAUCGGAGAAGCUAGUCCGUGCUCUGUUUGGUCUCGCAAGAGCUCUAGCGCCCAGCAUUAUAUUCGUGGACGAGAUUGAUUCUCUUCUAUCGCAAAGAUCUGGGUCAGGAGAACAUGAGGCUACAAGGCGGAUCAAAACAGAGUUUCUGAUACAGUGGAGCGAUUUGCAACGCGCAGCUGCCGGAAGAGAAGCUACAGAAAAGGAUAAAGAGCGAGGAGAUGCAAACAGAGUUCUUGUCCUCGCCGCAACGAACCUUCCUUGGGCGAUUGACGAAGCAGCCAGGCGUAGAUUCGUUCGACGGCAGUACAUUCCACUGCCAGAGCCACGGACCAGAGAAACGCAACUACGAACGCUGCUAGGACAGCAAAAGCAUGGCCUUUCUGAAUCAGAUAUAGAGAUACUUGUUAGGUUGACAGACGGAUUUUCGGGUUCAGAUAUUACUGCUUUAGCAAAGGAUGCCGCAAUGGGGCCACUUCGAUCACUUGGUGAAGCAUUACUUCACAUGACUAUGGAUGACAUUCGACCUAUUCUACUUGUAGACUUUGAAGCAAGCCUAAGCACAAUACGACCCAGCGUGAGCAAGGCUGGGCUGAAGGAGUAUGAAGAUUGGGCCAAGGAAUUCGGCGAAAGAGGAGGCUAG